AUGGAACUUUACUGCUUUCUACUUAUAUUCUUUGCCCUGGUAUUGGAAACCAUGGAAACGGAUGAGGUAUAUAAACUGAUGAGACCGUACAAGUAUUAUCAACCCAGACCACCGAAAUGGCCACGAUCGCAUGCAGCUCACAAAUCAUCCAGGUUCCAUCAUUUUAAGAGAAUACCAACGGAAGACUAUUAUUCUCGCAGACCAACCUACUAUAGAUAUUCCAGUAACGAUUUCGAUGGACGAGUUGAAAAUCAACCUUGUACGAUUGUAAUCGAGCUACCUAAAGAAGAAAGUAGAUAUGGUUCCAAUUAUCGACAAAGAAAAAGGCAGUAUGAAAGGGAUUCGGUACCUAAGUACAUCAGUGAAGAAGACUAUAUCGAUGAAGAGGAGGAAGAGUCGAAAGUGGUCAAUGUUAAUAAUAAAAAAGUACAAAUAAAGACAAUCAAAGGAAACAAUCCAAGACUGCACAUUCAAAUCUCGAAAUCUGAUAACCAAAAGAAUAUAGAAUUUGUGGAUAAACCUACGAAUUUACCGAUAUUACCAACAAUUUAUACAAAUAGAACAAUGAGAACAGAACAAUUGAGAAACAGAAUAUCAUUAACAUAAUUUCUAUAAUAAUUGGAUCAAAAUAUUCGUGUGAAUUUAUGGAAAAUUUGCAAUUAUGGAAUUUUAGCUACAG